UUCUCUUUAAUGUGCGCACAUGUAGACCACUUGAUGUGCACACUAGAUUCCUCUCGUUCUCUCUCGUGAUGAACUGCAUCUUACCACCCAGCCACCAGCGUGAUUUCCUACCGCAGUUGCGAUAGACUUUCCACCGACUUUGCACCCCUGUCAAGUUUCUUGAGUUGUAGUGCGGACUCUUCAUUAAUACCCUGGCCGUGUUAACUCCGAGUUGGUCCGAGAGGGACCGUGAAAGCGUCAGCGGGGCCAGGCUGCGCGAGCCGUGGAACUGCCCCGAGCCCCGCGCGCUCAUGGAGGGAGACAUCAUGGACAAACUGGACGACAUGGCUUCGGUCUACGAGUUCGACCCGUUAACGGGAAACAUCCCCGCCACCAAAGUGGAGAUCACGGUUUCGUGCAGGAGUUUGUUAGACAGAGACACGUUCUCCAAAUCUGAUCCAAUGUGUGUCAUGUACACUCAAGGAGUGGAGACCAAGCAGUGGAGAGAGUUCGGGAGAACGGAGGUGAUCGACAACACGCUAAAUCCAGACUUUGUCAGGAAGUACAUCUUGGACUACUUCUUUGAGGAAAAGCAGAACAUGCGCUUUGAUUUGUAUGAUGUGGAUUCGAAAAGUCCUGACCUCUCCAAACAUGACUUUCUUGGUCAGAUGUUCUGCACGCUAGGCGAGAUUGUGGGCUCACCAGCCAGUCGACUAGAGAAACCUCUUGGGGGAAUAGCUGGGAAGAGCUGCGGUACUAUCAUCUUAACUGCUGAGGAACUUGGGAACUGCAGGGACAGUGCGACAAUGCAGUUUUGUGCCAAUAAACUGGACAAAAAGGACUUUUUCGGGAAAUCCGAUCCAUUCAUGGUCUUCUACAGGAGUAAUGAAGACGGCACGUUUACAAUCUGCCAUAAGACAGAAGUGGUGAAGAACACAUUAAACCCUGUUUGGCAGCCAUUUACCAUCCCAGUCAGAGCUCUCUGCAACGGCGACUUUGACAGAACAAUCAAAGUGGAAGUGUACGAUUGGGACCGUGAUGGCAGCCACGAUUUCAUCGGUGAAUUCACCACCAGCUACAGAGAACUUGCCCGAGGUCAGAGCCAGUUCAAUAUAUACGAGGUGGUGAAUCCGAAGAAGAAGAUGAAGAAGAAGAAAUACGUCAAUUCAGGCACGGUGACACUGCUCUCAUUUUCCGUGGAAUCUGAGUCGACUUUCCUCGAUUACAUCAAAGGAGGGACCCAGAUCAAUUUCACUGUGGCCAUUGAUUUCACUGCUUCUAAUGGUAACCCAUCCCAAUCCACAUCUCUCCAUUACAUGAACCCCUACCAGAUGAACGCCUACGCUCUGGCGCUGAAGGCUGUGGGCGAAAUCAUCCAGGACUAUGACAGUGACAAGAUGUUUCCAGCACUGGGCUUCGGAGCCAAACUGCCCCCUGAUGGACGGGUGUCUCAUGAAUUUCCUCUAAACGGCAAUAUUGAAAAUCCAUACUGUAACGGCAUUGAGGGGAUAUUGGAGGCAUACCAUCAAAGUUUAAAGACCGUCCAGCUCUACGGACCCACCAACUUUGCCCCUGUUGUAAAUCAUGUGGCCAGUUACGCAGCUGCCGUCCAGGAUGGCUCCCAGUACUUCAUCCUCCUCAUCAUCACAGAUGGUGUCAUAUCAGACAUGUCACAGACCAAAGAGGCCAUUGUGAAUGCUGCCAAGCUGCCCAUGUCCAUCAUUAUUGUUGGAGUCGGCCAGGCUGAAUUUGAUGCUAUGGUUGAGUUGGAUGGUGAUGACAUAAGAAUCUCUUCACGAGGGAAACUUGCAGAGCGAGACAUUGUCCAGUUUGUGCCGUUUCGGGAUUACAUGGACCGGACGGGUAACCACGUGUUGAGUAUGGCCCGUCUGGCCAAAGACGUUUUGGCUGAGAUUCCUGACCAGUUCAUUUCCUACAUGAAGAGCCGGGGAAUCAAACCCAAUCCAGCACCGCCCCCUUACACACCCCCAGGACACACGCACCACACACAGAUCUGAGCACACCCUGGGCUUUGAAAGCUAGUCUGAAACAGCAGCCCUCUUCUCCCUGGAAUUAUGGGGUAGCUAUACAGGACCUUUGGAGCUUUAGCUCCCGAGGUUUCCGUGUGUUUGAACUCUCCAAGACACUCCGAGGUACAGUGGCGUUUCUUUUUGUGUUUCUUUUUAAUAUAUAUUUAUGCCUGUUUUCCUUGGGUAGGACAGUGUGAUCCAAGAAUGUGACCCAAGGGCAGCUUUUUGUUUUGUUUUAUUUGGAAAAUAUAAUAUAUAAAUAUUUUGGCCUGUGACUGUUUCUUAUUUCUUGGAUGGAUUGACGAGGGGACAAGAACCUGGAGGAGAUGUUUGUGGUUUCAACUUGUGCCUGUCUGUGACUGUGUCAUACCGGACACAUGUGCCCUAUUCUGACAUUUGACCUUAUUUCACAUCAGUAUACUAGUUUGUGUGUGUGUGUGUGUGUGAGUGUGUGUGUUUUUGUUACAGUGAUACUUUUAGAUCUGUAACACUUUGUUUCAAGUGUGAAUUCCUUUAAUUAUGUCUAAAAAAUAGUUUUUCAAUUCCAUUAUGGUUUAUGAAAGCAUGGGUGAGUGUUGAGAGAAUGAGGAGUGCAGAUUUUUUCCAACAGUUCCACACAGGACACAGUUACAGGAAGCAUGUUUUUGGUCUUCAGUGCUUCAAAAAUCAGCAUGCCGAAUAUGAUCGCCAAACCAACUUGCCUGAUUUCAGAUUUUUUACUCAUGAUCUUCACACGUACAUAUAUCUGUGGAAAUGCAGAAGGGUCGUUCUGCAUCAGUCGAUCCUAAAUAAGUCUCCCUCUCUCUCUUGGGCAAUAAUGGAGUGUGCUCAGAGCGCUCUCAGUUCAUUCACCAAUUCAAUUUUGUCAAGAGGCUUUUAAUCAAAUUAGAGUGUCUGAUGUAUCUGCACACUGCCAGUACAGGGCUGAAUGGAGGAGCUCUUGUAAUGGAGCACAUUACUGUCCUGUCCGAGUAUAAUAACCAUCAGCAUUUAUCCCUGUGAUUGUGUAUGGGGCAUUAAUUACCUACCCAGGCCGCUAAAAGGUGAGAUGUGCUGCCGCCAACCCAUGAGGCUUUGUGCUAUAUAAAGUGUUCGCUCACAUGAAGAAUGAAAAGCAUUAUGAUGCAUUAGCUCAUAACAUAACAAUGCAUUGAAAUUGUUACGUUUAUCAGCCAAAAUCCAAAUGUUAUUUUGUUUUUAGAUUUCUUCACUUUGUUCUGAUUGUUUGUUCGGAUUACAUAUUUUAUAAAAAGGUGUUUUUUUUAAUACAAUGUUUUUUGAUUCUACUGUUUGUGUGCUUGAAGAGUUUAUUUGCAGAAAAAGAUAACUGUUAAUUAAGUUAAGUUUUAGUGUGUUUUAUUGUGUUAGUUAGCUGUAUUUGUAUUUUGUUUGCAGUUUGAUUGAUUGGAAUCCACCAUAAAAAAGUUGAUUUUUGAUAAUAUAAAAAAUAGGUUUUUUUUGAUAAUUUUACGUUCCUGUUUGUGUAUUUUUGUUGUUUCUUCAGAUAACGUAAGUCUAGUGUUUUUAAAUGUCCUCUUUUGCUUCUGAUUCGUUCUUCGGAUUGCAUAUUAUAGAAAAAAAAAUACUUAAAAAUUAGUAACCUGGCUGCCUUAUGUUGAGUUCAUUCAACUUAAAAAAAUUGGUUUACUAAUAAAUGUAAUGCAAACUCGUUAUGUAUUUGUAAAAACCGCCGCUAGGGCGCACGAUCAAACCAACAACAGUGCCGUAGCUUGAUGGCAGUGUGAAGGAGCGUGGAAUGAUGGGUUCUGUUGACUUCAAAUCCACCGCUGAUGGUCAUCAAUCAGACGGGAACGAGAAAUCAUGUUAGCGGAUGAGGUUAAGAUUUAUGAAUGUUGUGAAUUAUUGUGGUCCAUAAAUAAGUGACUGCUCGAAACAAGCUAGUGUUCCUAGAUGCAAGACGUCGUGCGGUUUCUACUUCAUUAAAGACGGUAACAAAGGAGAACGUGGAUAUGACGCCAUUGACAGGCGACUGCACAGCCCCAUGUCAUUGUUUAGAAUGGCGAUUUUCUCACGAUUUACAAGUAUUUGGAAACAUUUGAGAUAUUGUAAGUACUCAGCUGAACAAAAUAGCCUAGUGGUUUUUUUAUAUUUUACUGCAAAAUUAUUACAAACUGCGCCUUUAACUAUUCUUUAAAUUGACUUUAUUCAAAAUUUUUAGGCAGCGAGAUUAAUUAUUUUUUAAUUAAACUUACAAUUAUUUUUUAUACAUACACGUUCAUGUGGGGCACAGUUUACUUGUUGUUGUUUUUUCUUUAUAUCGAACACAAAACCAUUAACUGCCACUUGUGUGAAUACUAUAUCCUGCCGUUACGAUAAUCAACUUAUACUUUUAAUGAAAUACAAAAACCAGCUGCUAAACCUUUAUCCCAAAUUAUUAAAUGUAAAUGCCAGUGAGAUAAUUAAAACCAAUUUAACUAUGCAUAUCAUCUAAUAAUUUAAUACGCAAAAGCUCGAUAAGCUUUCAUAACACAGAAACCAAGCAGGUGAGAUCAAUCCAAUCUGGGCUGAAGAUUUCCUAUCUAUUCUUCUAGAAUAUUUUAAAGCAGACACAAACUUUGUAAUUACAAAACUGUUAAACAAAUAUAAUACAGAGUUUAUCUGCCUGUUGUUGUUGUUGUGCACAACCGGAAUGAUUUACAAUCAAAAGCUACAAUGUUUAUACGGAUAUUGAGGAUCUGGGAAGCGAUUGGUAUGCGCUUUCUCCAAUCCAGUCACCAGUUAAAACAGUUAUUCUGUUUGUCCAUUUCGAUGCCUUCAAAUUAAUGACCUUGAUUCAGUAACAACCUCACGCUAUUCAAACGCUGUUCAUCGGUUCUUUGUUAUUUGCAAAGUGAGAGACAUUGAUGGCUUUAACUAGCAGGGUAGCCAUUGUGUGUAAUAUCAUUAGCCAUGCUAAUUCUAUAAUCAUGGUUAUAAAGAAUUAGCACAGACGAAAUUUCCACCAAAAAACAUUAGGUAGAAACAAGCUGUUUACAUAUUCCUCCCUGACAUCAUUGUAAGCAUCAUCACUGUGUUGGUGUAAAGGACCAUAAACAAUAACAACAACAAAUGUUUCACCAUUUACCUUAGAUACUGAUCACUGCAGUGCUAAAUAUUAUAUAUAUAUAUAUAUAUAUAUUGAAAAAGUGUUUACUCAGAGUAUAAAAUAACUUCUGGAAACUAUACUGGUUUGAUGUCUUUCAUCUUUAAUAUAGCGUCAAGAGUUUACAGUCUACUAAUUCGAUGAGCAAUUACCAUUCCUCCGAGAUGUUUUAAGGGAGCACUCUACUACAAGGAAGUCAUAGGCGUACUUGUAGUAUAUAUUAAUGUUUUCCCUCCUUGAGAUGAUGUUAUGAGAAUAUAUAUUUAUUUUUAUUUCUGUCUGGAAUGUACGAUAAGCCAUUAAUACAGUCCUCGGCAUAGAAAACAAGAUGACCAGCAUCCAGGAGGACUGAAUCACUUCAUGAGAAUGAUACCUGUAUCACAGGAAGUGUAUGACACAUGCUCUGUACUGCAUAUAAUGAGCAUUGUCCACGUGUAACAUAUACUGUAGAGAAUGAUUUUGUUGGAAUAAUUGUGCAUGUAUGGCCUGAUGUUUAGUGGAUUGAUUGAGUUUGUUUUGCUCUUGCUGUUUUUGUGGUUCUGUUGGGACUUUUCUCCCUUAUUGGUUUAAUUUUUGUUAUUUAUGGUCAGAUGGGAAAUUGGAAUAUAACCAGCAUAUCAUGGCCAGAGCUUUUAAUAAUAAUAUUAUUAUUAUUUAGUUAUUGUUUUUUAAUAAUAAUAAUAAUAAUGUUAGUAUCAUUAUUAGUUGUCUCUAUUAUUUAUAGUAAUAUGUAAUAAUUGUCAAUAAUAAUAAUAAUUCUAUGAAUAGUAAUAAUACACUUAUUAUUAAAAAAAUAACACAAUUAUAAAAUACAAAUUAUGAAUGUUUUCUUGGGAUUAUGUUUUAUUUCUUAUAACAUUUGUAUUUUUUGUUUUACUUUUAUGGUUGUUGUUAUUAUGAUUUCUUUUGCAUGUUUGCUCCCAAUAAAUUCUAUUGUAAAUGAUCUUUGUCAUACGGUGGGUUGUGAAAUGCUUUGUAUUGAACUGCCUUAACUAAAUAUUA